AGCCAGAGACGGAAGGAAACAGGCUCGGAAUGGCGGAGACUAAAGGGUUUUUUUCUGCUGCAAAAGCCAGAGGAAAUCACAGUAAUAAACUGUGGUUUAAUCGCGUUAUCUCUUGAACGGCGGCGCUUUGUUUAAUUCGAACAGGAUACCCAUAUGUGACGAGGUACUGGUGCGGCGGGAAGGACAGUCCAUGCUAGUUUUGUCUGCAAAUUGGAGCAGAGCUGUAGAGCAAAGCUACCGUUAGUUAGCCGUGCCGUGUUGUUUCGUGUAGAAGCAGAAUGACUUUUGCUAACUAUCAGUGUUGUGUUAGACGCAAACAAACCGCCUGCUCGCCUCCAACUCGCUUUUUGUGCGGGUAAAAUGCAGAUCUGCUACUGCUUGCCUGCUUGCUUCCUCUUCACUCAACUUGGUAGCUGGUAGCAACACACAGGCUUACUUGGUACAAGUUCUUGUUAUUAUUACAACUCCUCCGGUGCGGUAUUUUGUAGCCGAGACCGUCUCGCAAUUCCUUUUCCCAAGCAGAGAAACAAGGUUGAACCAAUGUCAGCGUGCAAAUACGAGUGUUUUUUACAUUUCAUCUCGAGCUACAUAUGGCUGUUAUUUCUGAUGAUGCUCCUGUGUAGAGAUUGCACUUCUUCCAGCUGUUGUUGAUGUUUUUUUUAAUAAUAACUUAUAUUAAAAAUGAACAUAUUAUUCGCGUAGACCCGUACAUCUUAUGUGGUCGUUGCUAUUAAAAUGCGUGAUUAGGCACUGUGCAAUUUACAAGGUCUUCAUCCUCAUCGCGGUCUCUUUGUCAUUGACGUGAAGGAGAGAGGACCUUUAACUUUCAACUCGGCUUUUGCUUUAUUUUUAAUUCCCAUUUGAACUCUAGGGGGCAGCAAGCCCACCACAUAGAUUUUUAUUCGGUUAUUUCUUUCAUUUGCAGUCAGUUUAUUAUCAUACAUGUUUGUUUGUAGGGCAUUACUUGUGUUAAGUGUGCUGUAUAUGGUUAUAACUGGUUGUUCAUGCCUGUAAACAUCCCCGACUGGAAGCUGUGCUACGCGGAAAACGAGCUUUCAGUUGGAUGUUUGCUGUCAUCGUCCAGUUGUGUCGCCUUUUAUUAUUUUAUCACGUGCGUGUGUGUGUGUGUGUGUGUAAUAAAACUGUACUGCGUCUUAAAUGUCACAUAAACGAAUUACACGUUAUUAAGAGAGAACAAUGUGUAUGUGUGUUUGUUUUGUUUGUUUGUGUUAAAGAGCUGACAGGUGUGCCAUCUGGAUCUGUUGAGCUGUGUGUGUGUGUGGUAAACUUUCACCUUCCAGUGUAGUCGCUGUAAACAUCCUACACUCAGCUGUGAGCUGCAGACGAGGCUGGGCGGAGGGUGUUUGCUGUGACUGUCUGGAGCUCCUCACUGGGGGAAAAUACAAAUUAUUUACAUGUAUUUGUUUUGUUAAAUGUUUUACUUCACAAUGAACACUUUUUAUCCAAAUAAACACAUCUAAGCUGUAAUUUGAGUGCAGUUUGUUGUUGUUAUUAUUAGUUUGAUGCUUGUGUUGAGGUGCCUAGUCGCUGUAUUUACUUACAAGCACAGUAGCCUUUAAAUGUUACCUUAUAAUCGCCGUUGACUGUGGAAAUGUCUUGAUUUCAAGAGCACAGCGACUUUAACCUCUAAGCUCAAGUGAACUCCAGACAGCAGGUGGCGCGCUCUUUUUACACAGACGCUUUUCUGCGUGAAGACGAAGAUCCAUCCGCCAUGUUUGUUGUCGCAGAUUCGACAGAAACCUCUGCAAGAAGUAAUUUAAGUAUGAUGAAUGCUUUAAAAUGGCUUGAUAGUUGUAAGAACAAAGGUCUGAAUUAUUUUCAAGGGUUUUUUAUGCAUUACUGAUUUAAAAAGAAUGGAUCCAGCGCAAGCAGAUGGUUCGUCAGUCUUCAUGUGCAAAGGCUGCAACUUGUUUUCUCCCAUUAAAUCACUGCUGCUCUCUCAUGUUGUUGAGACUCACUCCAGUGAAGGAGGAGAUCCUGACACCUUCAUUAUAGCACUUAAACCAUUAACAACUCAGGAGACAGAGAAUUCAGAAGUCGUAGUGAAAAGAAAGCGUGGAAGACCCAAAGGCUCCACUAAGAAAGCCCAACUAGAAAAGGUCCAGAAAAACACGUGUGGUCAGCAGGAGGAAGAGUCCAGUCAAAGCCAGCCGACGACAGCAGCUGAAGAGCAGAAUGAGGAUGACAAUGAUCUGGAGUGCAAGAAGUGCAAUCGCAUGUUCAGCAACCGGCGGCAGAUCUCCAAACACAUUUGUUUUGUAGGACUGAAAGAAGCUGCUGAGGAAGAAGAGUUUAAUGGUCAUAAUGUGGAUGCAGGCAGAAUCAGUGAUAGAGAGGAAGACAGAGAGCGGACACCAAAGAAAGCUCGAGCGAUGCGGACAGAUAAGGUGUCCAGUGCAAAGGACGCAGAAUCAGCAAGCGGCAACAAAAACCCUAUUAUUAGUGUUGUCCUUACCAGUCACGAGGCCAUGCCCGGUGCCUCAAAGAUUGUUCCUAUUGAAGCAGCUCCAGCUGAACCACCGUCCACUCAGACUGACGCCGCUGCAGCUUCUCAGGAGGCAGCGAUGAAAAGAGGAUAUCAGGAAUAUGCCAUUCAGCAGGCUGCUUAUGGAGAGCCUCUCAAAUCAAACAGGUUAGGACAGACACAGCUCAAAAUCUUCACUUGUGAAUACUGCAAUAAAGUCUUCAAGUUCAAACAUUCACUGCAGGCCCACUUAAGAAUCCACACCAACGAGAAACCCUUUAAGUGCAUGCAGUGUGACUACGCCAGUGCUAUAAAGGCCAAUCUUAGUGUUCACAUGCGCAAACACACCGGAGAGAAGUUCAGCUGCGACCUCUGCUCAUUUAACUGCCUUAGUAGAGGACACCUCAAAGUGCACGUAGAGCGAGUGCACAAGAAGAUCAAGCAGCACUGCCGCUUCUGCAAGAAGAAAUACUCGGACGUCAAAAACCUUCUGAAACACAUCCGCGAGUCUCACGACAUGAGCGAUAAGAAAGUGCAGGAAUCCUAUGAAGAAUACAGCCUUCAGACCAGGGAAGGCAAGAGGCAGCUUCUGUACAACUGUGAAAUAUGCGACCGGAAGUUUAAGAACGAGCUGGAGCGUGACCGUCACAUGAUGGUCCACGGCAGCAAGAGACCCUUCGGCUGUGAGUUAUGUGAUCACGGCUCCACCAAAUACCAAGCCUUGCAGGCCCACAUCCGAAAGCAUCCCUUCAUCUAUGUGUGCGCAAUUUGCCAGGAAAAGUUUGUCAGCUCUGUUCGGCUGAGGUCGCAUCUCCGAGAGCUCCAUCAGGAGUUGGAUGAGCCCUCUGCAUUUGCAGACUCUAUCAAGUCCAGCUUUUGCUUGCUGAAGCCAGGUGAUGACAUUCAGAAGGACAUGUUGAGUCAGGAUGAGCUUAAAAUCACAGAAGAACUGUCGCAGCUCAACGCCCAAGAGCUGUUGACCACUGAAAUGAGCUGCAUGGCUCAAGAGGACCUUCAGUCUCAGUGCUCUGAGAGUUUAGUGGUGGAGUCGGACCUUCUCGCAGAGAACUCGCAAGAGAUGGACACAUGUACAGUUGCGCAAACGCAAGAGAUGGCCUGUGAAGAUGCCAAAAAUACGCAAAUAACUCAAGAUGAACCACUUAAAGUGCAGAGCAGCGAGACAGAAGAAGAACAGACUCCUGUUCAGGAAACUGUAGCUGACAAAACAGACUCUGAGCAGCUCCCUGAGGACCAUCAAAACGAGCUAAUUCAACAAGCUAAUGCCGAACUACACAUUUCAGAGCAAGAGGAAAUAUCUGCUUUCAAACAGAUUCUAGAGCAGAUGCAAAAACGACAGCUUAACAUGGAAGUGUUUGAACGGAUUCGGAAAGUGUACGGAGAUCUUGAAUGUGAAUACUGUGGUAAGCUUUUCUGGUACCAAGUGCACUACAAUACACACGUGCGAACGCACACAAGAGAGCACCUCCAUUACUGUUCUCAGUGCAGUUAUUCCUCCAUCACGAAAAACUGCCUGAAGCGGCACGUCAUCCAAAGACAUUCAGACAUCCUGCUGAAGUGUCCCUCUGAAGGGUGCCAGUACUGCACACCUGACAAAUACAAGCUUCAGGCUCAUCUCAAAACCCACUCAGACAUAGUCAAAAAGAGCUUUACAUGCCCAGUGUGUCAAGAAUCUGUUCCUGAGGAUAAAGUUAGAGCUCAUACCAAGACCAAUCAUCCAGAUGUGUCAUUGAACGUCAUCUCGGAGGCAUUGGGGAUACGUGUACAUGUGAAAGGAGUGAUCGGGAAGCGAGCAUCCAAAUGCCCAUAUUGUGACUAUUUCUUCACCAGGAAUGGGGCAGAUCUUCAGCAGCACAUAUGGGCUCAUGAAGGACUGAAGCCGUUUAAAUGCUUACAAUGUGAUUAUGCCUCACGAAGCAAGAGCAAUCUCAAAGCUCACAUGAACAGACACAACACUGAGAAAACACAUCUUUGUGACCUCUGUGGGAAAAAGUUCAAGUCCAAAUGCACUCUGAAAAGCCAUAAGCUUAUGCACACAGCAGACGGAAAACAGUUCAGAUGCACUGAGUGUGACUUCACUGCUGCUCUGAAGCCGCAUCUCCUCCGUCACAUGGAGCAACAUGCCUCUUUUAAACCUUUCCGUUGUGCACACUGCCACUACUCAUGCAACAUCUCAGGCUCACUGAAAAGACACUAUAACAAGAAACAUCCCAACAUGCAAUACAUCAAUGCUGGAACAGGGGCGUCUGCUUCUGAAUCUGUGACAGAGCAAGGUGGAGUGAAAUGUCCUGUAUGCAAUUAUGUUUAUGGCACUAAAUGGGAAAUGAACCGACACCUGAAGAGCAAACAUGGGCUGAAGGUGGUGGAGACUGACAGUCUGGGUCUCAAUCAGUGGGAGGUAGUGGAGUCGGUGGAGGAGCCGGCCAUGCAGUACCUUCAUAUAGCUGAGACUGAAGAUCCACAUGGAACUGAGACAGCUGUAUCAGCUCUGCAGGACCUGCGCUUCAAUACACAAAACGGUGUUGUGUCGACGGCAGCAGGUGACAGGCUAGAUCCAGCAUCAGUCAACAUCCUCCAGCAGAUCAUCGAGCUGGGCUCAGAGAAUCACGAUGCCACUGUGGCCUCUGUGGUGGCAAUGGCUCCUGGCACAGUCACUGUUGUAGAGCAGGUGGAGGAAGAGGAGCCUCAGAGCAAUCAUGCCAUGAUGAUCCAGGAUGCACUGCAGCAGGCCACCGUGGGUCUGGGAGAAGAGCACCAUCUAGUGGUGUCAUCAGAUGACAUGGAGGGCAUCAAAACAGUCACAGUUUACACGCAGGGAGAAGACGCUUCCCAGUUCAUAGUCUACGUUCAGGAAGCAGUUCAGGAGGCUGUGCAGACUGAGGAGACCACGGUAUAAACAUUAUUAAAGCUAUGCAUAGGAGCUAGCUUGCUAGUAAGUUUUUUCCAGUUUUGAGCAAAAUACUGCAGCCGCGAUUGUAGUAUUGACUAUAGGAAAGCAUAUUGCACAGUUGUAAAUAAUCUGAAAGAAUGAGUAGUGUGCUGUGCUUUGUACUUGAAGCAAUAAUGUUUUUUUAUUACCUUUGCAAAAAUCAUGACACAUUCACAGUAGACAAAGCCUCAUGAAGUAGAAGCUAUUUUAGGAAUCAGAAUAUUUCUCUUGCACUAUCAUUGCCUGUAAGCGUAAGUAUGUAUCUGACAGUUACUGUGUGACUCUGACCUUCUCCACGCUUUUUAUAUAAGAGCCCCAUACAGUGUAUGGCUAAUAUAAUAGUAAAUGGAGUUAUUUAA